UCACAUCUUUCUUUCAUGGAGGAGCUGGUGGGCUUGAACUGUUAACCUUUCAGUUAGCAGCCAAGUGCUUAACCAUUGCACCACCAGGGUUCCUUGACAUUCCUUACAGGAUGAUUUGGUUGAAUCCUGCCUGGGGGCGGAUGAUGAAUAAAAAGGGAGAGGGGGUGGGGAGCGGGUAGAGGUGAGUUUUCUUCUUAGAGGUCAAUGAGAAGAAAAAGAUCUGAAAACACAACAGGGAAGUGUGGAGAUCAGACAGCAGAAGGAGCUUCCUAAUAAGGCAGUGAGAUGCUGGCUUCCAAGAACAGGGGUACUUUUGGAAUCCUGGGUGAUUCGAACAAAGAGGUAUCAGGGUUUCGGACCCUGUGAACAGGGGUUCCAUACUGUCUCCUGUUCGGCUCUCGGAAGUGUUUGUGUUGUUGACCCAAAUACGGUGGCUGGUUUCCAUAGAGACAGUGGGUCUGACAUCAUCCUGGUUGUCAUGGUGCCUCAUUCCGGAGGACCUGAGCAGGCUCUACACAGCCAGGGAUAAACAAGGACUUCAGCCCGAGCUGCUGCCACUUCCUUCCUGCCACCACCUGUUAACAGUCACACGCAGCAACUGGGGAUGGGGAGAUGAUGACAACAGCGGGGGUGGGGCCUGACAGCGGAAGGCAGAGCAGCGAUGGUUCUAUGGAUGCCUGUAGAAGCCUGCCAGGGUAUCCUGCUGGACUUGGCAUGGGGAUGUCAUUGCAGCUAUUCUCCUGUCUCCAUGUGGGAUGGAAGGCGUGAACAUUGAGGAAGAUUCUGUGAGGUGUUUUUCGCCUGUCCUGGGCCUAGAUCUUGACUGGCAAGGGCCACUGGAGAAGGACAUCAUGCUUGGUGGAGUGGAGGGUCAGCGAAAAAGGAAGACCCUCAACGAGAGAGAUGGAUGGACACCGUGGCUACAACAAUGGUUUCAAGCAUAACAACAAUUUUACCCUCAAGUCCUCUAAGAUGAAACUCUGGAGAUUACUAAGAACGGAAAGACAAUUUUGGAUGAAGAGUGAGAGGAAUAAGGAGCUUUACUAAAGGUGCAUCCAGAUGGAUGUAGGCUACAGCAGUGGUUCUCAAUCCCGGAUGCACAGGAGAAUCAUUUAGAGAGAUUUUAAGAAAAGCCCAUGCCUGGGCCCAACCCCAACCAACUGAAUCGGAAUCUUAGGUGGCGGCCAGUGUUGAGAACCCUUGAACUAGACCAUGCAAAGCAUUUAUGGUGGGCGGCUGGUGGGAGACUUAGAGCUGAAGGAGGCCUUAGAGUUUUCUCUUCCAGGCUCUGAGGGAGUUAGUGAUUGUGGAGGGGCCUGGUGUAGCAUUGCUUUCCUGGCUCUUUUUAUUAGCUGUUGAUCUUUGGCAAAUCAAGUCAGUCAGCUUUUCUGGGCUUCAUUUUCCCUGCUUAUAACGUGGCGGUUGGACUGUAUUCCCCAAAGCCUUUGCAAACCUAUGCGUCUUUGACCUUUCAAGGUCAGUUCAAUUUCCCAAGGCCCUGCUGGUCCCUGGAAGAGUCAGCCUUGUCUAUGGCUGUUUGCAGGGAUUGAUUUGCAAGGCACAUACUGUCCAGAAGAGUUGAGGUGUUAGGAUCUGAAGCACUAAAACCAGGCUGCGUUCUGGAGGCUGCUGCCCAGCCCUUGAACUUUGGAACCCAGCUUAGGCCGCUUUCUGCAUUCUGCCUCUUCUGAAGGGAGCUGGGAUCCUUAAAAGAGCUUUUCUCUGCAGGUGGCAGCCACCAAAGCCUGGGGCCUCCGCAGCUAUGGCCUCCUGUCCGGACUCGGAUAAAAGUUGGGUACUCGCUGGCUCAGAGCCCUCCUGCUCACAUCCCUCCCCUCAGAGCCUGCCUGUGGAGACCCUGGGCCCAGAAUCCACGAUGGACCCAGAAUCUGACAUGGCCCCCCAGACCCCUCCAAGCCUCUCCAAGGCAGAUGGUGAAGAAUUGGCUGGGACGUUGGAUGGAGAAGAGACCGUCUUCAAGAGUGAAGGCUCCCAGUCUGGGCCCAUUCCUCCAGAGGAGACUGAGGCCGAGGGCGCCCUGGAAGGUGAUGGUUGUGAUGUGGUGCCCCCCGACCCGGGAGACGCAGUAGCCCAGAGCGACUUGCAGGAGACCCCUCUGGUGGAAAGCCUGGGACUGGACACGCAGGGCCUGGAAGAUCAAAGUCCCCCACAGAGCUCGCCCUCAGCCCCCAAAGCAGCUUGGAUCAGGGAGGAGCUCCGCUGCUCCAGCAGUGAGGACGACACCGACAUGGGCAUGGAGGGCCUGCGGAGACGGUGGGGCCGGGGCCCCAGCCCACCUCAGCCCUCGGCAUCUCUGGGUGUGGAGGACCAGGCAGGGAGCGAGGGUGUGGUUGGGGAGCUGGGCAUCUCCCUCAACAUGUGCCUUCUUGGAGCUCUGGUUCUUCUGGGCCUCGGGAUCCUCCUCUUCUCUGGUGGCGUCUCAGAAUCGGAGAGUGGGCCUUUGGAGGAAGUGGAGCUGCAGGUCAUCCCGGGUACUGGGUCGGAUACUGAGUUGCAGGAUGCUGUGGGAGAUGGGCAGGAUGGGCUAAGGGAGCUGCAGGCCUCGGCGCCCCUUGGCAGUGUCCCCAGCCUGCAGAACAUGGCCCUUCUGUUGGACAAGCUGGCCAAGGAGAACCAGGACAUCAGGCUGCUGCAGGCCCAGCUGCAGGCCCAGAAGGAAGAGCUCCAGAGCCUGAUGCUCCAGCCCAAAAGGCUGGAGGAGGAGAAUGCCCGGCUCCGGGGGGCCCUGCAGCAGGGCGAGGCUUCCCAGCAGGCCCUGGAGUCAGAGCUGCAGCAGCUGCGGACCCGGCUGCAGGGGAUGAAGGCCGACUGUAUAGUCUGGGGCCCAGACGGGGUGUGCCUUACCUGGGGCAGUGGCUUGCAGGGUGACAAGGCCACUGAGGGGCAAGGCCCCAGGGAGCAGGAGCCAGGCUCUGGCUUCCUGGAGCAGAAGGAGCAGCUGGAGGCUGAGGCCCAGGGACUAAGGCAAGAGUUGGAGAGGCAGCGACGGCUUCUGGGGUCUGUGCAGCAGGACCUGGAGCAGAGCUUGCGGGAGGCCGGCCAAGGGGACCCAGCCCAUUCUGGCCUGGCCAAGCUGAGCCAUAGACUGGCCCAGAAGCUGCAGGACCUAGAGAGCUGGGGCCAGGAUCCUGGGACCCCUGCCAAUGCCUCAGGGGCUUGGGGUCAGGAACUCCACUUCCAGAGUUCCAGGGAGCGAAGUGGCAAGGAAAAGUGGUGGGGUGGGCAGGGGAACCGGAAGGCUGAACAUUGGAAGCAUAAGAAGGAGGGAUCAGGCGGGGAAAGGAAGAGCUGGGAGAGCGAGAAGGACCGGGAACAGACAAGGAAGAGGAAAGAGGGGAAGCUGAGGGUUCAAGAGUGGGAGGACAAGGAUGGCAAGCCACAAGGCCCCAGGGAGCCCCCAAGGAAGAAUGGGAGCCCUCACUCCCCUGGAGAAAAGCAGAAGCAUCCUCGGUGGAAGGAAGGGGCGAAAGACAGGCACAACCCCCUCCCACCCUGGGGAGAGCUUUUGAGGCAGAAGUACCAGGCACCCCAGGGUUGCUCGGGUGUGGAUGAGUGUGCGCGGCAGGAGGGCCUGGCCUUCUUCGGCAUGGAGCUAGCUCCAGUGCGGCAGCAGGAGCUGGCCUCUCUGCUGAGGACGUACCUGGCGCGGCUGCCCUGGGCUGGGCAGCUGACCAAGGAGCUGCCUCUCUCACCUGCUUAUUUUGGUGAGGAUGGUGUCUUCCGCCAUGACCGCCUCCGCUUCCGGGAUUUUGUGGAUGCCUUGGAGGACAGCCUGGAGGAGGUGGCUGUGAGGCAGACAGGUGAUGACGACGAGGUGGAUGACUUUGAGGACUUCAUCUUUAGUCACUUUUUUGGAGACAAAGCACUGAAAAAGAGGUCGGGGAAGAAGGACAAGCCCUUCCGGAGCCCCAGAGUCUUGGGGCCCAGGGAAGAACACAGCCACCACCACAGCCACCGCCACAGGGGCUGAGGCCCUGCCCCAUCAGGGGAAUCACCUCAGCCUGGGCCCAGCCUGUGCUCUUCGUUACCCAGCCCACGGGGCUGGGGCUCAGACUGUUAAAGUAGCACCUCCCCUCGCUUGCCUGGUGUCCUUGGUGGGGGAUCAACCAAGCAGAGGAGGGUGAAAUCACCCACACCUACGCUGAUGCCACUUCUGCUAGAAAAAGGCCUUAGCUGGACCCGCCAUGCUGUCUAUGCAAAUCUAUGCAAAUCUAUGCAAAUGCUCAGGGCCCUAGGCCAGGAUCCUUGGAGCCUGAACGUGUGCCACUGUGAAGUGGGGGAAUGAGAAAAGAGCCUGUUUUUUGUUUUUUUGUUUUUUUUUGAUGGGGGAGGGGUGGGAGAGAGGGGGUGACAUUUUGAUUGUGAAGGCAAGGAACUUUCACCCUGUUUUGUGUGUGAUGACCCCAGGUGGGCCCCUUCACCCCAGACGUUGGCCCAGUGCCCACUGGGAUUUGACCAGAGUUGCUGGCUGGAGGCCUUACAUGGAGGGCUUUCCCUGGGGUGUCGUUAGCUUUGGGAGCAACCGUCCCCUGGGUGGUGAAGCCUCCUUUUGCCCCAGCUUCUCGCAUGGCCUCACCUCCUCGGGUGAACUGUAGGCUCAGAUCCCAAUAAAGUGCUUGGAGCCGGGACACUGGGUGGGGCUCUGUCACUGGGGGUAGUUCUGAGCACAGGGCGCCCACGCCCGCCGCCAUCCUUGGCACUGGUACUUGCCCCCUUCUUCCACUUGCUCCCUUUUCCCUCACCCUGCACUGCCAACAAACCCCAGGCCCACUGGGCCAGAACGUCCCCAUUCUGCUCACAGCUGCUCUGGCUGCACUCCUGAGAGAUGCAGAAAGGUGAGCAGCGAGGGCUUUGGAGUCUUGCGUCUUGGUCUCAAAUCCAGGCUGUGUGAUCUCGGGCAAAUUAAUCUAUGGAAGCCUUAGGUUUCUUAAUGCUCCAAAAAGGGGAUUGAAGGGCUGGGGGAGAGAUGAAAUAAACCAAUGAAGCAAAA